CCGCGAUCCCCCCGGCCGCACCAUGGCCCUGAAGGCCGAGGGCGCCGCGCUCGACUGCUUCGAGGUGACGCUCAAAUGCGAGGAAGGGGAGGACGAGGAGGAGGCCAUGGUGGUGGCCGUAAUUCCGCGGCCCGAGCCGAUGCUCAGAGUGACCCAACAGGAGAAGACCCCACCGCCUAGGCCCAGCCUGCUAGAGACAGGCAGCGAUGGCUGCGAGGAGCCCAAGCAGCAGGUGUCUUGGGAGCAGGAGUUCCUGGUGGGGAACAGCCCGGGAGGAAGUGGGCGGGCGCUGUGCAUGGUGUGUGGGGCCGAGAUUCGGUCCCCCUCGGCAGACACAGCGCGCGCGCACAUACUGGAGCAGCAUCCUCACACCCUGGACCUGAGCCCUUCUGAGAAGAGCAACAUCCUAGAGGCCUGGAGCGAGGGGGUAGCCCUUUUGCAAGAUGUCAGAGCUGAGCAGCCAUCCCCACCCAACUCAGACUCAGGCCAGGAUGUGGAUGUGGACCCUGACUCCACCCCAGACCCUGCCGGAAUGCCAGCGGAGAUCGUGGUUCUCCUUGACUCUGAGGACAAUCCAUCCCUCCCUAGGAGGAGCCGGCCCAGAGGACUCCGCCCCCUCGAGCUUCCUGCUGCCCCUGUCACGGAACCAGUAAGUAAGAAGCCCCGUGGUCAGAGAUGGAAGGAGACCUCUGGGGAAGAACCAGUCAGAAAGAAAAGAGGCAAAACUAUGACCAAAACCUUGGACCCGGACCCAGACCCGGACCCCGAUCCAGACCCAGACCCUCCAUCACCUGACUCGCCCACAGAGACUUUCGCAGCUCCCGCCGAGGUCCGACAUUUCACUGACGGCAGCUUCCCUCCCGGCUUCGUCCUCCAGCUCUUCUCCCACACCCAGCUCAGGACCUCAGACAACAAGGAUGCAGCCAGCGAGGGGAGAGCAGCCGAAGGAGGCCUUCCCCAGCCAGAGAGCCCCUCUCCAGCUCCCCCUCCGGGGCUCCGAGGGACACUGGAUCUCCAGGUUAUCCGCGUGCGGAUGGAGGAGCCCCCGGCGGUCAGCCUCCUUCAAGACUGGUCCAAGCACCCCCAAGGCACCAAGGGUGUGGGAGCAGGUGACACUCCAGACUGGCCCGCGGUUCUGUCGGAAUCCAGCACCACGGUGGGGGGACAACCAGAGGCGGGCAGUGGUGUGUAGGUUCUCGCUUUCCCAGGGAGGGGAUGGCGAAGGCGGCGGAGCGGGUAGAGGAGACAGCGGCCCCUUUUAGCUUCUUACUUGGAGCCGCCAACUCUGCCACCUGAUAGAGAGCAAAGCCAGGUGCUGAGGCAGGAUGAAGGGGAGGAAGGCAGCGGAGUCCAGUUAGUCGGGGUCCCUGGAAGAUGUCUGCCGGGCAAGGUGGGCGAGGGCAGCCGAGGCUGUCGUGAGGUAGGGCAUUGGGCCUGUGGAGAACACCCACCCCGAUCCUUUUGCUGACCCAGACCUCUCUGUCCCCCGACCUCCCACCCUCUCUCUCUUAGCCCCCCACCAUUCUCCCUUGGCACAGUGCCUUACAUAAGAGGUGGUCAUCAUGGAGUUUGAACUGAGUCCCACUACCUCGGGGGACGCCUCUCCUCCCCCACCUGUUCAGGCUCCUUAACCAGGAGGCCUCCAUUACCUCUUCCCGCUCCAUCCCUGCAGGAGGCCCAAGCAGCCCACCUGGGGCCUCCAGUUCACUCCCACACUUUUUUCCUAUUUUCCUGUUGUAUAUAUCUCCUUUGUUGACAAUAAAUUAUUUUUUUUUAUUAAGAGA